CCCGCGCAUGAAUUUUCUCGCCAUCUGCUAACGAUGCACCGGUGCCUUGUCUUCUUCGUCUGUUUUGAAGGCAGUUUGAACACGUUCCAGUGGACGAUCCAGCAGCAGCAGCCAUCCUGAAAUAAGGAUCAUGGAGAGUGGGAGCUGGGCUGCGAUGGUCGGGGACGAUGCGUCCAAUAUGACCGCGUCUCACAUCUGGCUGAGUGUCCUCAACUCGUCCAGUCCGCCGACCCCAUGGGACAGCAGUCCCUCUGCCCAUGAAACCUCCCUGGAGGACCAGAACCAGCUGAUCCAGGAGCAAGCUUACCGGGACUUCACCACCACCCUCCAGAUUUUCAUCCUCAUCGGGUCUCUGCUUGGGAACGCCACGGUGUUGUGGUGCACCUGCUCCACAAACGUCUUCAAGUCUGUGACCAAUCGCUUCAUCAAAAAUCUGGCGUGCGCGGGCAUCUGCGCCGGGUUGGCGUGCGUUCCCUUCGACGUGGCGCUGGGCUCCAGCCCUCGCUGCUGCUGGUGGCUUCACACGCUGCCGCUCUGCAAGGCCUUCAGGUUCCUCCAGAAGCUCUUCUGCUCCGUCACCGUGCUCAAUUUCAGCGCCAUUGCGCUGGACAGAUACUGCUCCGUCCUGUACCCGUUAGAGAGGAAGAUCUCGGAUGCGAGAGCCAGAGAUGUGGUCAUCUACAUUUGGGUGCACGGCGUGGUGGCGAGCCUCCCUGUGUUUGUGGUCGCCAAUGUGACGGACUUGUACGUGGCGUCGUCCUGCGCGGAAGACCACGCCGGCUCCCCGGGGCGCGCGGCGUACAUGUGCAUCUACAACGUCACCACCGUCAUCCUCCCGCUGGCGCUGGUCUUCUUCUUCAUGCUGCUCAUCCGCCGGGCGCUCAGUACCAGCCAGAAGAAGAAGGUGAUCAUCGCGGCCUUGCGGACGCCGCAGAACAGCAUCUCCAUCCCGUACGUGUCGCGGCGAGAAGCAGAGUUGCACACCAGUCUCCUGGCGGUAGUGCUGGCCUUCUUCGCCUGCAGCACCCCCUAUGGGGCGUUGGUGGUCUAUCGCACCGUUUUGGUGGACCCCAAAGAGCUGCCUGUGUUCUUGUAUCUCACAGCCUUGUGGCUACCGAAGGUGUCCUUGCUCACCAACCCUCUUUUAUUCCUGACUGUUAACCGCUCGGCACGCCAAAGCUGCCUGGAGCUGCUCUCCCGGGUCCACAAACGCUACAGCCGGCGUAACGCGAUCAGCACGGGGGGUCUGGCCUCUAUCGGGGCGGAGGUUGCGAUAGGAGAACCCGUAGGACUGGAGACAACCGGUCGUUCCGGAAGCCAACUUCUGGAGAUGUUCAACAUCGGCCAGCAGCAGAUUUUUAGACCCUCUGAGGAGGAGGAGAAGGAGGAUGCAGCAAAUGAGGGACUAGAAGGACCCAAAGAGGACCACAAGAACGGGUCAAGGCUCCAAGGACUCAUAACACAAGUGAUCACCAAAAACGAUCUGUUGCAGGGACACAGAGGAGGCCUGGCCAACGAGGGCCCGCCUGCAACCGCGGCGUCGCGCUCCUCUCCGGCCCACGGGUGCGCUUAUACGUCGUCGUCGCAGGUGGCGCCCGCUUCGCUUCCAGAGACGGAAGACCCCACGCAGUUUGGGUUCGGACCCUUCGAGCUGCCGCCUCAGUGGUUACCUGAGACCAGGAACAGCAAGAAGAGGCUGCUGCCUCCUCUGGGGAACACCCCUGAGGAGCUGAUCCAGACCAAGCUGCCCAGACCGCGGCCCGAGCGUCGGAUAAGCAGGAAUAACAAAGUCAGCACUAUUUCUGCUGUGGACCCGUGAGCGGACUGUAGUGGACUCUGGACUCAUCUCAUGGAGGCCAUGUUGUUGAUGGAGCUAAGACCCUUGGUCCCACCAAAGCUGUUUACAUCAGUGGUCCCCAACCACCGGCCCGGUAUCGGUCCGCGGACCGAUUGGUACCGGGCCACACAAGAAAAAAAAAAAAAAAAAAUAAUUUUUAUUUUUUUUGGUAUUAAAUCAACAUAAAAAACACAAUAUAUACAUUAUAUAUCAAUAUAGAUCAAUACAGUCUGCAGGGAUACAGUCCGUAAGCACACAUGAUUGUAUUUCUUUAUGAAAAAAAAAAUAAAAAAAAUUUUGGGACAAUUUUUCAAGCGUUGACAGGUCCGCAGCUACAAAAAGGUUGGGGACCACUGGUUUACAUGUUGACUGCAUCUCAGCC